CGCUCACACGCCUCGCGCCGCCGACGUCGCGACGCUGUCCGCGCUGCGCCCGCGCGCAAACACACGUGCCAAAUACGAAAAAAUAAACGACCAGUGUUUUGUUGUGACAUUUAACUGAAGGACAUUGGGAAUCUUGCGAAUUUUACACGCUGCAUUUCGAAAUACGUUUAUGGAUUAUUGAUUCGUGUUCGUGAGCAGCAGUGAAUUUGCACCGGCGCGCGUCGCACGCGGCAUGGCGAGCGUGCCUGGCGACGAGUUCGUUACCAUCGUGCCCGUGGGCGAGGGCCGGCCCGCAGCGCCCGCCGCCCCCGCCGCCCCCGCGCCGCCCCCCGCGCGGGACCCCACGUACGUCACGGUGCUGACGCUGGGUGCGGCCGCCGGCGCCGCCGAGGUGGUCGUGCGGCGGCCGCGGGGCGCUCGCCUCGGCCUGGGACUCAAGUUUGAAGGAGGUUCCGCCGCAGCUGAAAAAGUUCGAAGACUUCUAGUACAGUCAUGCACAGAGGACAGUCCAGCAGCUAAUGCUGUCGCUCCAUGGGGAAAACUGAUUCCUGGAGAUGAAAUACUUGCCAUAGACGGUGUCUCAGUGUCCGAGCUGACGAGAAUUGACUGUGUACGACGACUUAAAGAGUCCGAUGAAACGCUAACGCUGCUUGUAAGACAUUUUGAGCCAGGAGAUGAUACUGAACAAAAGUCAACAGACACAGUUGAUGCUGCACAGAAUAUAAAACAACAACCGAAAGAGAUGAUGAGCAGGCCGACUACUUUGCCACCGCCAGUUCCACCGAGGAAACUUGGAAAGAAAAAUUCAUUUAAAGACAAAUCAAUGUUACAUACAGUCGGUGAGCAAAACGGCAUUACUAACACUGAGCUGAAAGAUGCUACCAUGAACGGUCAAAUUGCAUUUUCGGGAACACUUAAUAACAAACUAUCACGAAAAUCUUCCUUUGAUAGUCAUUUACACCGACAAAGUAAAGAAACCAUAGCUUCUUUGAAAAGAGGGUCGCCGGAGGAAGUCCGUCGCUUGGUGCGACGACUAUCUGAUGGAAAGACGAUGCCGCCAGAAGCAGAAGUGUACAUCGACCUGCUGUCGACGGAGUGGGAGCGCUGCCUGGCGCUGGCCGACGCCGAGUCCGACGACACCGGCAGCUCCAUCUCCACCGUCGUGGACCGCCUCGGCUCGAUCGCCAGCUCCGUGGAGAACAGCAUCCCCUCCACACCCAUCCUACAACCGAAGACAAUCGACAUCCAAAAAGUUCUCAAUUGUAUAGAAAACAUUGACUCGGAUAUAUUAAAAGAUAUAACUUCGACCACAAUAAUAGAUAAACAAGUUGAAGUUAAAAGUGAAUUCAGAUCCGUAGAGAAACAUAUCAUAACCAACGGCAUCAACCCUAAUCCCGCUCCAGUGCUUACUGAAGACGUAUCUUUCAUUGAAGAAAAACCACCGAACGAUAAAAGUAACAGCACCACGGGGCGGAAUGCAAGUGUUCACACUGAAGCCAAUGAGGGCGAAACCUCUAAGAAACCAGAAUCAAAGGAGGUAACUAUGGAAAAACCUAAGCCAAUGCCUAGGAAUGCUAAAAUAGAGCGUGCAACAACUGAUAAGAAACCGAAACAAAUCCCACUACCGGAGACACCACCGCCGCCACUGCCGGAGCCGCUGCUGACUCCGACGAAGAAGAACUGCAUAGAGACGUGGCUGCAGCGCUCGGAGGCCGAGAUGAAUAUAAAGAAUCCCGCGAAGUUGGAGGAGGAGGAAGUGCCGGAGGCCCUGCCUCGUCUGAUAGACUUUGUGCCAAAGCCGCAGUACAAGGAGAGCGAGGUGCCGGUGCCGCUGGCGCGGCCCACCAGCGCGCCACCGCCGCCGCCGCUGGCCGAGCCCAGGGAGGACGGCUCGGGCGCCUCGCUCGACACCAUCGGCGAGCUUGACGAGCCCAGUGAUGUCAUCGACCAUCAGAAAACUCAAGCUGCUGAAAAGGAAACGAAAGAGAGAAAAGCUUCAUAUGAAAGUGGAUUUUGGGAAGAUCGAGCCAACAGGAGCGAUGCAGAAGAUAAGAGCCUGUCGAAUGAUGAGUCUCUCCUCCCGACGUGUCCUCGUCAGCCGCCGGAUGGAGUGGAGACUCCUGCUGAUGCAGUAGAGAAGUCUCACGACAGUCUGGCCACGCGCAUGCCCCCUCGCCUGCCCGCCGGCUGGCCAACUCGAACUCGCCUCUCUUAUACCUCUAGAAGUCAAGAUGCAAGAAGUGAAGCGAGCGUCAAAGAUAAAAUUGCUAUGUUCUCAAAUGAACAUUCGUCAUCUUCCGAGCUCCUUGACAAAUGCGGAACAUUGCCUUCAAGACCACCUCCAAGCGUGAAGAAAACAACAACACCAUAUUCUAUUGCAUAUUCAGAUGUGUCAUCGCUCGACAGACGCUUGACGAAAUCACAAGAUAACUUGGACGAAGUGCCUUCACGAUCCUACAAAAGGCACUCUGAAAGGCCAGAAGUACUUGGUGCUCUUGAAAGCACAGCCACCAAAAUGAGUUCUGUUAGAUCAAGCAGGCCUCUUCAAGGAGACAAUAAACCAUUAUUCUAUGGAAGCGUGACUGCUCUUCCUUCUACUACUCCAGAGCCAUCAUUUCCACCGCCUGUGUUCCACUCUCGCAGCUCUAGUGAUGAUAGUGGAAGUUCAGUACAUAAAUCUAAUUUAGAAUACUUAAUUGAACAAAGGAAAAAGUCCAUGUCUAAACUCAGGGGUUUAGUUAUACCUGAGACACAUCAAGCGCCAAUUACUGAUUUACCUGCUAUAAAAGUACAAGAUUCAUUUACAAAUUCGUUUAAUUUUAAUACAAAUAAAAGUUCUCAUACAACACAGAAACAACAAAAACAGAAUACACCAAAGGUAAUGAAUUUGAGUGAGAAAAAGUGGAAAACUGAACUACUGCCUAACAACUUACCCAAGUAUUCACCAGCAUUUAAACGAAGACCAUUGCAAGUAUACAGUCCAACUUCCAUGUCCAAAGAAUCAACCCCAGAGCGGAGAUUUAGUGAAAAAGUUGACGCAAUGAAUAAAACCAACUUCCCAGCGACUGUUCCUACCAAGCCACCGCGAUCUUCCUUGGAUAUAAAAUCUAUGUCAGAACUUUCAACAUCAACUUUACCUCCCAAAUUUUCACAAAGAUUGUCAGGUAAAGAAUAUUUUAAUGAUUUGAGAAAUUAUAACAAUCUGGAUAUUAAAAUAUGCACAGCUACAGACAUAAUCGAUAGCGACAAUGAUUCCGCUAUGAGUUCAACGCAGUCCAGCUAUCGGUCUUCGGCUUCAUCGCCUUUACAUAACUUAGACAGCAUAGAGUCUGAUAGUUCACGACUUUCGCCUAGGAUUUGCCAUAUAACUUCAUAUUCAUUAAUAAAAACUGAAAUACCUUCUAAAACAUGUACGAUGGAGAAGAGCUGUGAGGAGUACGUGAAGCGGCCCGUGUGCCGCUCCGCGUCGUCGGACACCAACGUCUCCCUCAGCUCCUCCGCGGGUUCAGCUGCGACUUCUGGUUCUCAAGCAAGCUGUAGUUCUCUAGAAAGUUCCGUGGCUGACUCUGAUAAGAAAAAAAUAGGAAAAGGUUACAACAUUGACACUAUCAACAGGAGAAAUAUUUUAGCUUCAGCUAAAUGCAGAAGCGGUCGUGAUGCCAAAAUGAAUUCUCCUGUUGUUGAAUCGAAAUUUUCUCACGAAUCUUCCGAUAGAUCACCAUCACCAAGCCCACAGCCGAAGCCGUCUGAGCGCCUUUCUACACUCACAUCUACAGUGAGUGCUAUAACGAAUAAAGGUGACAACAGACGGCGAAACAAAAUAAUAGCUGAAACUGAUUCUGAUAGUGAUGAGGAAGUUAACAUAAGGCAAAGGAAAAACGAAUUUAAAAACACGAGAUUAAAAAGGAAUUCAAGUGCAUCUAAUAAGAAUAAACAAAACGAAACAUUAACAGACAGUCCCAAAAUUGAAGAUGCACCGAAAGCUAUUUCUGAACGUAUAAUUCAGGAAAUAAAGAAGGCUGGCCUUGAAAAUUACAAUAUUAUUAAAGCUAAAUCAACAAUAGAAAACAAUAAUGUUGAUGUAAUCCGAAAUGACAGCGUAGUAGUGAGACAAGAAGAUAAAGUCGAGACGAUCUCAAAAUCUAAGUCUGAAAAGUUGAACAAUAGUUCUUCUGAAAGUUUAUUAUUGGUGGCAGAAAAAUCGAAGCCUGUUGUCAAUGGUAAUACAGCCACAGUAACUAACGGAAGAGUGAAGUUACUGGUAGAGGACUCGAAGGGGCCCACUCGUAUGAUCCGCCUUCGGCGUGGCGCCGGCACGGGCGUCGGACUCAUCCUCGCUGGAGGCAUCGACUGCGAGGCUAAAGAAGUCACGGUGCACCGCGUGCUGGCGGACAGCGUGGCGGACCGCGCGGGGCUGCGGCGCGGCGCGCGCGUGCGCAGCAUCAACAACUGCGCCAUGGCGGGCCUCACGCAUGCGCAGUCCGUCGCUAUUCUUAAGGAGCAACGUUCAGAAGUUAUUAUUGAGAUAGAAGACGAAAUCCAAGAAAACGGACGCGGCGUGGGUUGCGGCUCUGAAAAAGCGGAGUCGAAGGUCCGUAGUGACGUGAAGAGCACCCCGGCCAAGGCUCCUGCCGCCAGCGCCAUCGUGACGGUGGUGGUGGAGAAGGCGGGCGGCGGCGCCGGCCUGGGCUUCGGGCUCGACGGAGGCAGGGACUCGCCGCAUGGUGACAGGCCACUGACUAUCAAGAAGCUUUUUGCUGGUGGAGCAGCCGCCCGCAGCGGACGCAUCCUGGUCGGAGCGGAGCUGCUGUCAGCCGGAGGACAGUCCAUGGAGGGCUUCACCCGCACGCAGGCCUGGGCCGCGCUCAAGUCACUUCCGGCCGGCCCUGUCUCCCUGGUACUCAAGAAUCCAAUAGGCUCCGAAUCAGAAUCUUGAACCAACUUUUUUUUUAUAAAAAUUAGGUCACAUAAGCAAAGCUCGCCUUGAAUUAGUUCGGCGACGCGUAAACGCCUCUGGGAAGCCGGUUAACACCCGACUAACGAGACUCAUCUGUCUGAAGAAGGGAUAAAAAGACUAACUAACUGACAACAUUCAAUUUAGCGGAGUGAGCCGGUCCGUAGGCGUGCCGCCACUCCUGCUAACACGAUUUGCCUCCUUCAUUAGUUACUCUAUAUAUCGCUAGUAUUGUUAUACCUACUUGUUAUGUAACGUUGUGCCAAUUUCUCCCCUUCCUACUAUAUUGUGGUAGUAAUUUUAGGAUAAUACGUUUCCAAGACUGUGUAAUUCGGCUUAGUUUGUGCUAGAAUACUAGGGCACUGACUAGAUAAUUGUGGAAUUUUAUAGAUUCUUUUGUUUUAAC